AUUGACGUAACGUGACCGAAGUAUUGCCCUGUCUGUACAGAAAUUACAGACAUGGCAGUUAACAGUGUGUUCAGGGCAGGACUCUUCAAUCACAAAGUUGCAAUCGUUACAGGCGGCGGGACGGGUAUCGGAAAGGCUAUCACAUCUGAGUUGCUCUAUCUAGGUUGCAGUGUUGUCAUUGCGUCCCGGAAAAAGGAGAGAUUGGAAGCUUCUGCGAAGGAGUUAUCCAGCGGUAUUCCACCCUCGAGUCCAGCGAAAGUGACCCCUGUUCAAUGCAACAUCCGCCAUGAAGAGGAGGUGAGGAGUUUGGUGGCUUCUACUCUGGAGCUCCAUGGCAGAGUUGACUUCUUGAUAAACAAUGGGGGUGGGCAGUUUCCCAGUCCAGCUGAAUAUAUCAAUGCAAAGGGCUGGAAUGCAGUCAUGGACACCAACAUCAAUGGGACCUUCUACUGCUGCCGGGAGGUGUACAAUGCUUGGAUGAAGGAACAUGGAGGGGCCAUCGUGAACAUUGUUGCUGAUAUGUGGAAGGGCUUUCCAGGCAUGUCCCACACGGGAGCAGCCAGGGCGGCGGUAGACAACUUGACUAAGAGCCUGGCCAUCGAGUGGGCUGCCAGCGGGGUGAGGAUCAAUGCCGUGGCUCCGGGAACCAUAGUCUCCAAAACAGCUGUUGACAACUACAAAGAAGUUGGACCUGAGCUUUUUAAGAAAGCCAUACCCCACAUCCCAGCAAAAAGGCUUGGAGUGCCAGAGGAGAUCGCUCCUGCGGUUUGUUUCCUGCUUUCUCCCGCUGCCUCCUAUAUCUCCGGUGAGACUCUGAAAGUGGACGCUGCCCAAAGUCUGUACAGCUCCCCCUGGGAGAUACCUGAUCACAGUGCCUGGCCCUCUGCACCUGAAGGAGAGAACACAGAACUGCUGUUAAAAAUAAUGGAGAAGAAAGAGGACAAUUCCAAACCGGACGGAACAAAUAAUAGAACGAAAUCCCGCCUCUGAUUGGUUGUCUGAGAAACCAUUGAUCGUCUUGAACGAAUCAUGUUUCAAAUGCUGAUAAUAAAACAGAAUAUUGUGUUUUCAUGUGCCCUAACCUGGCCUUUCAGAGAUAAGCCUCACAGCACUAAGGUUCCCCUCAACCUUUAUUUGGAAGACCACAUAAGGCGUGCAGUCUGCCACUUGUACAUAAUUGUGCUAUACUUUGCAAUGUCAAUAAUAAUAAAGACACAAAAAGCAUCAUGGGUUAAUUGCAACGAACUUGUAGAUUUAAUAUGGAGCUGCGUACUAAGUUGUGGACUAGAUAAUCUUGUAUUAUCUCAGGAUCGUCCCCAGCUGCGUGCUAACUUAGUACCAAUUACAACGAAAAUAAAUGGGGAACAAAGAUGGGGACUAGCUGAUCCCCAGCUUUAGUACGUAGCUCAGGAUUAAGGUAUUUAUUGUAGCGUGCUACCAAACAGGAACUGAAGUUUUUUUAACUUAAGAAAAUGAUGUAUGGAAAUGUAUUUACAGAUGAAAGUAAAUACUAAGGCUGAAUUACAUAAGAAUAUGUCCCCAUUUUCUUACAGCAAAUUCAACUGUAUAAUCAAAUUUUCCAAAAAACACUGAAAAUUAAUGAAGCUGCAUUACAGGAUAAACAAAACUUUUAUUACCCUCAUCUGGGGAUAUUUUGGACGAUGUUGAACAUUGGAAAGAAAUGAAAAAUAAAACACUAUGUUUGCAAUAAAACACUAUGUUUUACUUAUUAAUUAUAAACUACACACCAUUUCAAAAAUAAACAGUUUUAUUCUA